AAGGGCUCGUCAGUGAUGAUAAGUGCAUAUUUCAAUGAAUUACUUUUCCUAAAAUAAUAAAACGCAUGGCGAUUUUUAUUUCAGCUAAAUUAAAUAUUUUUCAUCCCACGCAAAUUAUUGAAGUACGAAAGGAAGAAGACGAUAAUAAGCAAAAAUAAAAGCGUCAAGAGUCAACAGUUUAUUUAUUUACAGCAAUCAAAUGGAAACACACUGAUGACAGCAAACCCUUCAGCAUGACUUCCGAGAACCAGCCUGCUCGCACCACCGAAGCUGCCUCGACUACAUUGCCAAGGAAAAACGGCUUUUUCACCCAACUAUCAUCGAAGUCCUUCAAUGCGCGACUCUCCGGCUCCGCGGAGCGACAAACGCACAGCCAGCAAUCAAAUUCAACGUUACAUAGACGCUACGGGCAGACGCGCAGUGUGCCGGAGGGUCGCUUUGCCAGCGGAAGCCGUGCACAGCAUUUAAAAACACUACUCUACGAGUUCCUGGCAAUAACGUCAACCGCCGCAACAGUUGCAGCCACCACGACAGCGACAACAGGUUCACAACUCACGCACUUCAAUGUUGCAACAGCGUCAACCGCAACACCGUCAAUUGCCACAAAGGCAACUUCAUUUGCGGUUGUGCCGACAACCUUCGCCACAACUCUGAGUGCAGUAUUCCCCAGCGUUACAUCCGCAAAUGCAUUUAUUCAAAUGAAUGCCACCACGGUCGGCGGGGAUCCCCCCUAUUCAGAUGACAGCGCCCAAUUCACUCUCUACGACUCUAGCACUGAGUCUGUUUUGAAUGCUAGUAGUGUUACCGUGAGCUAUGCCGCCACCACUGCCAGCGCUCACGUGGCUGCCUCCAUGGACGCCUACCUGGUGGCGUUGCCCUGGCCGAAGGCGCUCGCAGUGGCAAUUUUCAUGCUGCUGAUCCUGGUGACGGUGGUCGGCAACACACUAGUCAUACUGUCCGUGCUGACCACACGCCGGCUCCGAACUGUCACCAAUUGCUUCGUGAUGAACCUGGCCAUCACUGAUUGGCUUGUGGGCACGUGUGUGAUGCCACCAGCUGUUAUGCUCUAUGUUGUUGGUAGCUGGCGCUAUGGUUGGAUCUUGUGUGACAUUUGGAUUUCACUGGACGUUCUGCUCUGCACCGGCUCCAUACUGAGCUUGUGCGCCAUUAGCCUGGACAGAUAUCUUGCAGUGACUCAACCCCUAAAUUAUUCCAAAAAACGCCGUUCGAAGCGCUUGGCAUUGGGCAUGAUAUUCAUUGUGUGGGUGACGGCGCUAUUAAUCACAUGUCCACCGUACUUGGGUUGGUACGAUCCGGGACGUCGUCACGAAGGUAAUGUCGUUUGCCGCUACAAUCAGAAUAAGGGAUAUGUGGUGUUUUCCGCAAUGGGCUCAUUUUUCAUUCCGCUCGCCGUUAUGAUGUACGUUUACAUGAAGAUUGGCUAUGUCCUCACAUCGCGGAGACAGCGCAUGGUGCGUGAUGCGAAGUCGGAGCGCACCGCGGACCAUGAUAUAGACUGUGACAACUUUAUUUCCGAGUCGGAGCAUUAUCAAUGUGCCACGCCGAAAUUUCCCUCCUUCAAGUCGCGUUGGGGCAGUGGCCAUGCCAGCAGCAACAACUGCUCUGCCAAAAAUCUCAGUUUACAUUGCAGCAAAUGCAAUAAGGCCUACCUCGGCAAUGUCAACGGUGGUAGUGCCAGCAUUAAUGGUGGCGGUCUCAAGCAUCAGGCAUCGUUCUACGAGUUGGUUGAGGUGUCACGUUUAACAUCAAUAGUUCAGUGUUCGGCACUCAAUUGUAAAUACGCCGGCGUCUGUAUGCAUUCCAGUGCGAUGGGUGUACCGCUGGCACAACGGCGCUCCUCCUCAUUGCCCAUGCAAGAAGUGCACUUCAUCGAGGAUGGCACGUCGUUUUCUGAUAAUUGUCUGGCGGCCAACUCCGCGCUUACCACAAGCAUGACCACAACAAGAGGUUUGAAAUUCAAUCCGAUGUUGGGACAAAAUCAAGAGCAGGCGCAAGCACACCAUCACCACAAUCACCACCAUAAUCCCCAUCGCAUACCGAUGCGUGUGUCCACAACGAAGCGGGAUUCGAAAACCGCCAAGACGCUGACCAUCGUUAUGGGCGGCUUCAUCGCCUGUUGGCUGCCGUUCUUUACCUACUACUUGUUGAUGCCAUUUCUGCCCCCACCGGCGGUGUUUGAGGGUCUCAUGUCCUUUCUGACAUGGGUCGGCUGGGUGAACUGCGCCAUUAAUCCUUUCAUCUAUGCUUUCUACAAUCCCGAUUUUCGCACCGCCUUUUGGCGUUUAACUUGUCGACGCAUUUGUAAGCAGAAGCCGCCACUCAACCAUAUAGCCAUGUUCCGGGGCUAAAAUGGUGCACAGAGCAUUAAGCACAAGGCACUAUACGAGACAGUGGUUCUCUGUCACAGGACAAUCAAAUUACAUUUUUUUCAGUGGAGAAAAAUGCGCGGGUGUAUAUAUUUGAAAUGUAGUAGUACUAGAGUGCCGUUGAAGGGCCAUCCAAAAAGAGCUAAGAAAUGUGAAACUGAAACAAGCAGAAAUAAAAAUGAAAAAGACAUAGCAAGAGGGUUCGAUGGUAGUGGUCAGUAGUGUAAGACUUCAGGGGGUUUGUAAAAUGUAUUUCAAGCUGAUUGAAACAAGUAAGAAACUGUCGAGCGUUUCCGUUUUUCAUUUCGGCCGUAAGCGUUGUCAGUUGUCGGUGGCAGGACGCCUGGAAAGAACAAAUCUGCUAAGCAGCCCGAAGAUUGAUGGUGUAAACGAGCAACAAGGGAGAA